CGUCCCCUCAGCGCGCCCUGACCUCCCCAUCAUGGCGGGCUCGCAGCGGGCGGCUGCGUCUCUGCCCUCCCCGACAUGGCGGGCAGGCGGCGCGCCGAGCGCCGACCUCCCCAACAUGGCGGCCGCACCUCUCCCGCUCCCGUUGGCGGCCAGGUUGUGGCGCCCGCCCCGUCCCUCCCCGCCCGGUCCCUCCCCGCGGUGCCCGCGGCCGCGGGGUGAGGCCGCUCCGCACCUCAGCGCGAUGGGGCGGGCGAGCGGGCGGCUGCCCGCGGCAGCGCCGCUCUUCUACGGGGCGCUGGCGGCGCUGGCGCUGCUGGGGGUGCGCGACGUGCUCUUUCUCUACGAGGAGAACCGCUGCAGCAUGACCUACAUGUUCGAGUACCCCGAGUACCUGAAAAUAAAAUUACCGAAGAAAACAGCCAGGCGAUAUCCAGCAUAUGAGCUCUAUCUCUACGGGGAGGGGAAUUAUGCUGAAGAAAACAAAAAUCUAGUAUUGACAGGAAUUCCAGUUCUCUUUCUUCCUGGGAAUGCUGGCAGUUACAAACAAGUGCGUUCUCUCGGAUCCAUUGCACUUAGAAAAGCAGAAGAUCUUGACUUCAAGUAUCAUUUUAAUUUCUUCACUGUCAACUUCAAUGAGGAGUUGGUUGCACUGUAUGGUGGUACUCUCCAACGACAGACCAAAUUUGUGCAUGAAUGCAUAAAAGUAAUUCUUAAGUUGUACAGGGACCGAGAAUUUGCACCAAGCAGCGUUGCAAUAGUAGGCCAUUCCAUGGGUGGUCUUGUUGCAAGAGCAUUGCUUACCCUGAAGAAUUUUAAGCCUGAACUUAUAAAUCUGCUCAUUACACAAGCUACACCUCAUGUUGCACCUGUAAUGCCUUUGGAUAAAUAUCUUACUGAUUUUUAUACAGCUGUAAACAAUCAUUGGAUUCUAAACGCCCAAGAGUUAAGAAAUUUAACUACCCUUUCUGUGGCGGGAGGAUUCAGAGAUUACCAAGUUCGUUCAGGACUGGCUUUUCUACCAAGAUUGAGUCAACAAGACAGUGCCUUAUCUGUUGUGAGCUCGGCUGUGCCUAGAGCUUGGGCCUCAACAGACCAUCUCUCCAUAGUGUGGUGCAAAGAAUUGAUCCUGGCUACCAUUAGAGCUUUUUUUGAUCUCAUAGAUGAAAAGACAAGGCAGAUAACCGAGGAUCCCAAGAAGAGAAUGUCCGUACUGAAUCACCACUUUGUGAGACACCCUGGAAAGAUAUUUGAGGAAAAUCCUGAAGCUUUUACAGAACUUAGAGGAGGUUUCAUGUGGAUUGAAGUCAAAACCUCAAAAUGGACUUACUCUGUUUACAAUGAUUCAAAUGGAAAAUAUUUUGUGUUUCCUCUUGCAAGCCACAGAAAAUCCUACAGUCAUGUUUACUGUGAAAACAGCAUGUUGGAUACAAGUAGCUGGAUUUAUGGCUGUAUGGACAGCAAUGCUUCAAUGUGUCUGGAAGCUACUGAUUUAUCCUGGAGAGCUGAGUUACUUCCAGCCAUCAAGGUUAUAACACUGAAACUUCAGGAUUAUCCUUCUUUGUCCCACAUUGUCAUUCUUGUACCACCCACAGUCGGCAAUAAGUUUGCUUUGAACUGUGAAUUCUUCAAAGAGGAUUCCAGAACAGUACAGCUUCCUGUAACGAAUCUUUUUUCCUUUGGCCUAUCUUCAAGCAAAAUUCUUUUAAAUUCAACUGGCUUACUUUACAGUGUUCAGCUUCAGCACUUUAACCAAGUAUAUCAAGCUUUCAGAAUAUAUAUAGAGAGCCACUGCCAGUCACCCAAAGAAAAAACUAGUGUUUACAGAUUUCAUAUACCCUGGUCACAUGAAGACUCAGUAACUGUAGCUAAAGUUCCAUCUUCUACUGAGAUUUCUGCAAAAUUGCAUGUUGCUCGGCCUGGAAAUGACAGCAGGGUUCCAGUACUAAACAUUUACUCUUCCUCAGACUGUCAGUAUGAAGUAAUUCUGAAGACAUCGUUUUUACAAAUUCUUGGGCAAAUAAUAAGGUUCCAUGCUGGCGCUCUUCCUGUCUAUGUUGUUUCUAAUAUCCUCCUUACCUAUGGAGGCCAACUGAGCACAUUGAUAUCAACAGGCCAGUGUUCAGAAUUUUCCCUUGAACUAGUUAGAACAGCUAAACCCUACAAAGUAGAACCUAUUAUAAGCAUUGUUGUGUUUCUGCAGGGGUUUAACUGGUUUAGAGAGAUAUGGGAUUCACUCUCGCUGCCGGAGGUGGACGCUGCUGUACUGAGUAGUCAGGAUGUAUGGUUCCCCCUUGUGUCCCUGAUUCUAUUUCUUUUAGGGACAGGCAUUGCCUACUGGAGUGGAGUAUUUUUCUCUGCAUCUCUGAGACUCUUCUCUACAUUAUGGUUAAUUCUGAUUAGACCUACUGUGCUUCAAAAAGAAAACAAGUUGUUUACAUACAGAAGACUCUGUGUGAUGGGGUCUCUUGCUUUGGUUAGCUGGACCACUUGUGGUGCACUGGCUGUAUUCAUUACCUAUCUUCAAUACUUGUUUAAGGUAAUAAAACUACAUGUGAAUGUAAGAGCAGAAAAAAAAAUGCUAAAUGGGGAUUCAGACCGCUCAAAAGAAGCUUCACAGAACUGCAGUAGACACACGGUCAAAAACCAAAGUUUGAUAGACUUAACUUCAGAACCAACACAAUCUCUCUCCAAUAGUACGACAAUUGCUGAAGCUGCUAACAGCCUUAAGAUCCAUCUUACAAUUCUAUAUUUGUUCACAUGGAUUGUGCUGCUGAACCUGCCAUCUUUAGUUUACUGGUUUAAAAAUCUCAGGUACAAUGUUAAGCUUGAUCCCGAUCCAUGUAGAUCUACAGCUAUUAUCCUUGUAUGCAUUUUAGAAAUUCUCAUGAAUUCAAGUACUUCUGAAGUGAAAUCAAGUAAACUCUUGAAGAUUGCAGCCAAAGUUCCACUCCCUUUGUCUGUUGCAAUGUUGGCUUUUGGAGGAAUGCAUUUAUACAAAGUACCCCACUUUGUAACUUUUUCUCUUCUUCUACACGUACUAUGUUGUCUUGUGUAACAUUGGUUAUACAUAAGAAGAAUAUUGCAGCCUAGAAAGUAAUUCUGGAAAGGGGGAAAAUUUCAACAAAGAAAUGCCUUGAUUAACGUGAUAAUUUGGAUUAUUUGGGAAAGAUGACAGAACCAUGAAUACUUUACAAAAAGUUUAUAGUUCUGUUUGUGUUGCUUAGAAAGUUUUUCGUGGUGUUUAUUUCCUGACUGUGAAAAUUAAGUGAAUUAACAAUGUGUGUGUGUAAGCACAUAAAUCUUAUUAAUGUAACAUCAAUUCUGUUUGCCUUGCAGACACUUUGAUAUUUCACUAUACUUCUUUGUUUAAACAGACUUCUUUUUACUCAGUAUGCUGUGCAACACAUGUUCUAAACUUGCGUAUCUUGCAGGUCUAAAGUAUGCUGGUUAAAACUGAAUAGAUUUCAAGCACACUGUGACUAUCACAAAAACUACACAGCCAAGUAUACUUUUAAUCAUUUUAUGCUACAUUUAAAAGCUGUCACAGUUGUGUCUAGACAAACCAGAAUGUACUGCUUUUAUAGAACUGCUAUUUCUAUCAAAGUAUUUGUUCAGUUGCUGUUGAACAUUUGUGAGAUUAUUGAAAGUCUUAUACAUUUUACUUUUUGUGAGAGUGAAAAAACAACAAUACUCUGUGUAGCUUUCUAUUCAGGAAGGAUAUCAGCAGAUUCAUAAACAAUUUGCUCUAAUGUUGUUUUAAAACAUUGCCAAUUUCUUCUGUCCACACGUAGAAGCUAGCAAAUGUUGAGGUAUGGUUUGAGUUUACAGCGCAGUUGCUAUAUUGCACUGUUUACAGGUAGGCAAGGCAAUUUUUUUCCUAUCGUAAAUGGAGAAUCAGUCCUCUUAUAGUAAAUGUCCAUACAGUAAAUUAAUAUGGAAUAGUUAAGUUACAACAAUGUAAAUUCACGCCUUGCUAUGCUAACUUCCUCGUGUGGACAAACUCUUGGUAAUAGUGGCAAAUACUGACCAUAAUUAUUAGCUCUGCGUAAAGUAUUAUCUUUGUGCCUAGAUGCUACAGUGACUGCCAUUUAUAACAACGCCUAGAAUAGUUGUGUGUAAGGAAUUCCAUCUCCUGGGUACGUGUUUUGCCUACAGAAGAAAUCACACUAAACAUUAGGUUAAAAUGAGGUAUUGAUUCUGUGUAGAGAUGAGCACUUGCUUCUGUGUCAGCUGUCUCCACUAUCUGAGAUGUCUGUCAUCUUCAUAUGGAAAUAUUAUACCAGCUUAAUUACUUUAUAUGUAUAAUACCAGGAAAUCUGCUACCUAUUGUCAAUUGAAUAUAUUCUUAAUAUAGCCGUAGAUCCUGGCACAUUGAUUUUAUUCUAUCUUGAUAUUCUUGCCUGAAGUGCCUCAGUUACUUCUAGCUUGUUCUUAGGGUCAAUUCAUUUGAGCUGGCUGGAAAGGCUUAUUAAUUCAGACAGACUUUCCACAAUGAGCUUGUUUUAUCACCUCAUAAACAAGUCAGCAGUUCAAGCUAUCGGUAAGUCAUUAAAACUGCUUUAACUGAACAGAUUAUUAGUAGCUAAUCAAACCAUUGUCACCGGUGUCAGUAAUUGCUGUGCUGGUCUUCCAGUGUUAACAUUUUAAUCAAAAGGUUAGAUUAUGCAUAGUGUUCGUAAAUCAGAAAAGUUAACUCAGUAUAUUAUAUCCUGAUACUAUCUAGCCAAGUAUAUGCUACAGUAUAUGUAUAAAGGAUAAUUUGUCUGUAUAUACUUGUAGCUUGAUUUAACCUAAAAAUUACUGUUCAGACAUAGAAGCAUAGAGUAGUUCCUGUACUUUCAAGUGGCUGUGAGUGAAAGACAGUGACAGAACUGCACUGGGGCUGGUAAAAGGCUGUGAAAUGUGCAAGACUGAUUUCUGUGGAAGAUCAUUUCCUUGGUCUUCAUGAUCAGUUUGGCUUACUACUGUAUUUACUGUAUUUUACUUCUGAUUUUGGUUUGCCAUCUUAAUCAGAUCUUCAUGCACAAGCUCAUCUUUUGGAGCUGUUGGUGGAAUAAAAUAAUAGAAUAAGGAGAGGAAACAGUCUCAGCAUGUAGCAACUUUGAUAGCUUCCAAAAUCCGACAGAGCACGAAACAUACUGAAUUACAGCAGCGUAGAAUAGCACCAUUUUUUUCAUUGAAUGGUAUUUUUAAGCUGUGAAUUUUGUUGAUGUUGUUAAGACUCCUCAUGAAAUGGGUUACAGAAUUUUGGGUAGUGAUUCUUACAUGAUUUUCAAGGUGGAGGCAGGAAAAUAAAAAUGUAAUCCUUAGUCUGAGAUCCCAGACUUUCACUUCUCUGUUAAUGCUCCUCUUUCUUAGGCUACUUAUCUUCAGAGGGGAAGUAGGGGAAGUCUUAUUGCUUGUGUGUGCUUUGUGUGUCAUUUGCUUCUCAGAGAUGUGCAUCUGGAUAUUGCAGUGAUUGUGGACUGUCUAACUAGCUGUUCAAAAGAUUAGGUUUCUAAUCACAGAUUCCAUGUAUAAUCACUGAAGGUACUAGGACAAGUUCAGAGGACAGUUCAUCCCGUUCUAAGAGAGGAUGAAUUAAAUUUUUUUAUGAAUGUCUAAAAUUGUUUUUAAGGUAAAUACUAUGACCUUCCUUUUGGAGAGGAGGCUUCUGUUCUGCAAAUUUCUAGUUCUACCACAUCCACCUUUACAAUCUGAGCAGAAAUGUAGACUAACCCACUGAAAGGACUUUUAAUUGACUGCAUGAGGAAGUGUAGGUAUUACCGAAAUACCCUUUAUCUGAGUAGGCUGUGGUUAUAAAACAAUUUUUGAGAAAUAUAUUGGAAUGUCCCUUAAAACAUUUAAAUCAAAAUUUCUGUUUAUUCUUCAAACUUUAUCUAGACUGUGGGAGAAGGCACAAACUACUCUGUGAUAGGUUAGAACUCUGCUCUGUGAGGGAGGAUUUCUGCUGACGUGCAGACUCCAAAUUUGUUGUUCUGUUCCUUUUCGGAAGUUGAGGUAUUAAAGUACAGUGGUUUUGUAAAAUUAUCUGUGUGGAUGGUCAGCAUGUUAAGAUGCAGAUUAUGGUGUGUAAAACAAGCAACAUUUGGCUUGUACCUCAGGAUGCAUUCAAGAGAAGAAUUAUUUUUGCGGCUUGUAUGUUUUUAUAAGCUAUCAGAUCAGAAGUUAAAAAAAAACAACCAAACAAAAACACACACACACAGAAAAACAACAACAAAAAACACCACCACCACCACAGAUAGUGAACCUAGACUACCAAACAUCACUAAAUGUACAGCAGUCUUUCUGGGGGGGUGGUGGGGGUAGGGGAGAGACUUAAUGAGAAUCUUUUAGUGACAUCCCCAUAACUUGAAUUCCUCUUGAAGUCUCUAAUCUUUUUUGGUUGAUGUAAUCAAAUAUGUGGGUUUUCUUCAUGGUCUUCUGACUCUGCAAUAAUAGUAGCUACACCUGUAGCUAUCAGAUCAUAAAAGGUCUGUAUUUGUAUGGUAUAAAAAAAGUGUUACCACUUAACUGGAAUUACCAAAGGUGAUAUUUUCAGUUUUCCUUUAAAAGGUAGUUGCGGUAUGUCACAUUUUUGCAUCAUGUGAAAUGUCUGAUAGUUCUUUUUUGUUUAGUAACUGGAAUUCCAUUUAAUUUUAUUUGUAAAACUUGGAGUUCUGCUCUAAUUUCUUUUGAGUGAGACGAUACAUAUAGCAAUUUAUUGCUAAGUAUUCAUUUGCAAAGUUU